GUGCUCCUCGGCAGAUGCCAGCGCGUGGCUGGCAUCGACAUACUUGGCAGGGGACAGCCGCGCUGGCAUGUUCCGUCCUGCAGCACCGCAAGCCAGCUGCGCAGGCAAUGGCUUUCUGGAGGUUCCACCACGACUCGCUUUUCCAGCAGAGUCGCAGGAAGCCAUCGCCGAUCUGCUGCGUGAGAUUGCACCGCCUCCAGGACCGUCCAUCAUGAGCCAUGGACCAGGACAUCCCUUGGCCGGUCAAAUAUCUUUUUUCGUGACUCCCGGCUUCAGUGUGGCUGGUCGUGAGAUCCUCGAGCCACCGGGCAGCUGCCAGCGAGGCACCGCUGCCCUCUUCGCCGGUGCCUGGCGCUUCUCCGAGCGAACAGCCGCCGGCAUCCACCGCCAUUUGCUGCGACCGCUUCGC